CAGGCCACGAGGACGAGGCUUAGCUCACAGUGCGGCUCAACGUGACCGAGCACUCGACGCGUGGCGGUUUGUUUGUUUACCUUCGUCAUAUCGCUCCCCUCCAGACGCGAUCCUGCAGUGAUCUCGUUGAUUGAUCCCGUAAUGUCUGGAUUGUCGUCGCCCGGCUGCACGAACUGGAACACGCAAAAGUGCAGGCGCGUGCUGCGGCCGCUGUCUUCGAAGCUGCAGGCGCUCAAAUCGCUCGUCGAGGCGCAUCCCUCCUUGCUCACCCAGGCGCACUCUGCGCCCGGGCAGAAAAGCAGCUCAUUCAAUUCAAAGAAAUACUACUCAUCUUCUUCAUCAUCGUCUUUUUCUUCUUCUUUGCGGGACUCAACAGCACCGAAACUCACCGCAAGCAAUGAGCAUUCCUCGCGCUUCAGAUCAGACACGCUCUUCCUCGCGCUCCACGACAAAAUCUCCCCCGAGAUAUUCGCGCUCUACCGCUCAAUCUACCACGCCUUCCGCCACUUCCUAACCCAAGCCUAUCUCCCCGCGCGCUCGCUCGCGCAAAAGUCCGCGGUCGAGGUCGGCAAGUGCAUCGUCUACACCAUGGACAGUUUCUCGGAGGAUGAGUGGUACGACUGCCUUGUGCAGCUCAGGCUUUACAAGCGAUUUAUCGCGAUCGGACAUGGUGCUUCGCUUGUUGCGCAGGAGGCUGUGCUUUGUCGUGAGCUGUUGCCGGCACUUGUCGCGGCGUGCGCGGAGUUUGAGGCGUAUGAUAUCGUAAGUGUUGUUGUCUUUUUGUUGCUUUAGCAAGAAUUGAGCUAAUAUGAGAUUAGGGACUGCUGUUGUUUCGCAGUCUUCUUGAGGUCACGUCUCCGGAGAACGUACUUUUUCAGCUUGAUCUGUUCUGCAACCUCUGCGACCAGGUGAAGUCAUCGUCGCAUCUGCUGAUCGAGUACGUCACAGCAAGUCUCUCUCCAAACACGAUGGGCGAUCCAAAUUUCACAGCGAUGUUCACGCAUAUCCUGUCAGAGAGCAAGUACUCUUACUUCUACAGCAACUCCUCGUUCCGCGACUACCUGCGCCAUGUAUUUGUGUUUGCGCGCCGCCGGAUCCGGCGAACUAGUCAUCCCAGCUUUUCAAAGAUCGAGAGUCAGCUGACGAGGCUUGCGAUUAUGGUGUGUCAGCGCGAGGACGUGUUUGAUGAGUUUAUGGUUCAGACGUUGAUUGAUGCGCUUGGUACGGCGUCUAGCAGGUUU